GAUUCUCUCAUGUUAAAAUCUUUCACUAAUAAGCGGGUUAAUGAUUAAAAUCUGGUGAGAAAAAUUUAAACCAAUGCAAUAAAUUUUCUUUCAAUGAAAAAUGGCUAAUAUACAAAUCAAUAAAUCCAUUCUAUCCACUGGCAUUUUAAUCACAUUCAUCAACAUUGUAAUACAAUCAAUUGUUAAUAAUGGAUUUUUGGAUGGCUUGAAAAUUGUCAACAGUCAAUAUGAUAAAAAUGUUGGUUGGACAUGUUUACCAGUAUCAUCAUCAUCUUCAUCAAAAGCACAGAUAAUAACUGGCUAUAGUUGUUGGCUUUGUCGUGUAAAUAAUAAGGAUGUAAGAAAUUUUCAAUCAUGUGUUAUUGAUUCGAAUGAAACAUUAUCAAAUAGCCAAACGCCAUAUUUUUCACCACCACCGAUUACAUUUGCUACACACGGAUUGGGAUAUUCUCCGAAGUAUUACUACACGCCUUCAAUAAAAAAACCGGAAAAUGAAAGUUAUAAGCCUAGAAUAAAUCAAACUAUGAUCGAUAGGCAACGAAUCGAAUUUCUCGGCUCAUUUGCAUGUGAUUUUUUUAAAUUACUAGGCAAUUCUAAUCGUGUGUGUCCUAACCGACCUAAAUCAAACAAUAAUAAAUAAUUUUGUUUUUGUA